GUUUUCAAUUCAAUCUCGGAUGUGAUUUGGGUUUUUUUUCGUGUUUCAAGAUCGGAAUGUUGAUGAGUGUUACACUGGGUUUAAUGGGUUCAAUUUGGAAUUUUUUGUAUGAUGAGAAUUUUCUAUCUCAAAGUGAGGUAAUUUUGUGUGUGAUCUACAGAUCUGGCUGAUGGAAACUCACGACCAACUUACCCUUCAGUAUCUAGUUCAAGUCCAGUUAACCCACCUAAGAAUUGAACCAUUCAAUUUAGCUCAGUGAAUGUAUUUUUUUCACUAUUUAUAUGUUAAAGAAUUUGAAUUGCUUGAGCAUUGCAAUUUGCAUGAUAAAUUUCAAAGGGUGAUGCGUAAUCAAUUUUGCUUUGUCAAUGUUUUUUUGAGCAAAUUGAAGAAAAUUGCCCUGCAUUGAUCAAUUGAAGAAUUAUUUUUGUUGGGUUCAUCGUAUUUUUCGUUUAUGUCAAUGGAGAAAACGAAUCAUAGGAUGAAAAUACAGAGGGAGUCAUAAAAACACAUUAGCAACUUACCAUUCAGUAUCUAGUUCAGCACCAUUUAAUCCACUGAAGAAUUAGACUAUUCAAUUUGGCUUAGCUAAGGUGUUUGCUACUGAUUAUGGUAAAGAAUAAUUUUUAUGUAGUUGAAUAUCAUUUUUUUUUGCGCUGUAUUAGAUCUUUGUAGGUGAAUAUUGGCUUAUAAGUUGUAACAAGCAUGCGUUUUUAUCCUUUAUUUUCUUUGGGAAUCCCGGCGUGUUCUUGACCAAACUGAAGGGAAAAAAUGCCCUUUACUGGCCACUAAAAGAAUUGUUGUGGUGUGUUUCUUUUUUCUUUUGUGGGGGAUAUUUUACUUUUUUAUUUUUUCUAUUGGAGAAUACGAAUCUUAACCUAACAGAACGGAUUUCUCUUAACCUCUAAAGUUGUCACAUUGUUUUCCUCAAAACCAGGCAUUACCUGUUUCCUAAGCAAUUGUUUGAACUUUGAUAUCAUUGGCUUAUUUAAAUUAACAAUACGAUAUUUUGAUGCUUAAUUUCAAUGUUAAUUAUCAUGUGUUACUAAGACGUGUAAAAUGUGAAAAUUAAUAAGAUUUUUUUCCUCCCCUUCCUUCGUAAUUGCUCAAAGACAUUAGUCCUGUGCUUAUGUCUUAUGGUGGAUUUGAUGGGGUGCUAUCACAUUUGCGACUAUAUGUCUCAAACCAAGCCACUAAUUAUUUAGAUUUCCAUUUGCAGGUAAAAUAAUUAUAUACAACUGAAGGCUUCCAUGGCUGCUUCAGAAGAAAAUAGUUCAUUGUUCCCAAUUUUCAUUUUGACAAUAAUUGCCCUGCCUUUAGUGCCUUAUACAAUACUGAAACUUUGCCGUGCUGCCUCAAAGAAAACAAAAAGCAUCCAUUGCGAGUGCUCAGUAUGCUCUCGGUCGGGAAAGUACCGCAAAUCAAUUUUUAAACAGAUCUCAAACUUCGCAACAUGUAGUAACAUGACACUGGUGCUGCUUUGGGUCAUCAUGGGCGUACUGGUGUAUUAUAUUAAACACAUAAGCCGUGAGAUUCAAGUAUUUGAGCCAUUUAGUAUUCUUGGAUUAGAAUCUGGAGCUUCUGACUCGGAAAUAAAGAAGGCGUAUAGGAGACUUUCCAUUCAAUACCACCCUGAUAAAAAUCCAGAUCCAGAGGCCAAUAAGUAUUUUGUGGAAUCCAUAUCCAAGGCUUAUCAGGCUCUGACAGAUCCAAUUUCUCGUGAGAAUUUCGAAAAAUAUGGCCAUCCAGAUGGUAGACAGGGGUUUCAAAUGGGAAUAGCUCUUCCACAGUUUCUGCUGAACAUUGAUGGGGCAUCUGGUGGGAUACUAUUACUUUGGAUAGUUGGGGUCUGUAUUUUGUUACCAUUGGUGGUAGCUGUUAUGUAUCUAUCACGGUCAUCGAGAUAUACUGGAAAUUACGUCAUGCAUCAAACACUCUAUGCCUAUUAUCACCUUAUGAAACCUUCGUUGGCUCCAAGCAAAGUUAUGGAUGUCUUCAUUAAGGCUGCUGAAUUCAUGGAGAUUCCGGUUCAUAGGACUGACGACGAACCGCUAAAAAAACUGUUAAUGUUAGUCAGAAGUGAGUUGAAUUUGGACCUUAAAAACAUUAAACAAGAGCAGGCAAAGUUUUGGAAGCAGCAUCCGGCUGUAGUUAAGACACAGUUGUUGAUUCAAGCCCAAUUAUCUCGUGAAACGACAGCUUUAUCCCCAGAAUUGCAGCGUGACUUCAAACGUGUACUGGAACUUUCUCCUCGCCUUCUUGAAGAGUUGAUGAAUAUGGCUGUUAUACCGCGCAAUGCUCAGGGGCAGGGUUGGCUAAGGCCUGCUGUUGGUGUUCUUGAACUAUCUCAAUGUAUUAUUCAGGCUGUUCCGCUCAGUGCACGGAAGGCAUCUGGAGGAUAUACUGAAGGCAUUGCACCUUUUCUGCAGCUGCCGCAUUUUAACGAGGCUAUUAUGAAAAAGCUAGCCCGCAAGAAGUUGCGGACUUUUCAGGAGCUUCGAGACAUGACUGUUCAAGAGCGGGCCGAGCUGCUUACUCAAGUAGCUGGUUUAUCCACCGUGGAAGUACAGGACAUUGAGAACGUUCUCGAAAUGAUGCCUUCCUUGACACUUGAAGUCACUUGCGAGACUGAAGGCGAGGAGGGUAUUCAAGAUGGUGACUUAGUCACCGUCCAGACUUGGGUAACACUCAAACGCUCCAAUGGUUUGAUCGGUGCCCUCCCUCAUGCCCCUUACUAUCCAUUCCACAAGGAAGAAAAUUUCUGGAUUCUGCUCGCGGACACCAACUCGAAUAAUGUGUGGUUUUCUCAAAAGGUUAGUUUCAUGGAUGAAGCGACGGCUAUAAUUUCUGCUUCGAAAGCAAUAGAGGAGGCGAUGGAAGGGUCCGGGUCAAAUGCGAAGGAAACUAGUACAGCUGUUAGAGAAGCAGUUGAAAGGGUUAAGAGUGGGUCACGACUAGUGAUGGGCAAAUUCCUAGCCCCAUCAGAGGGGAAUUACAAUUUGAGUUGUCUCUUGGUAUGCGAUUCUUGGAUUGGUUGCGACAAAAAAACAAACUUAAAGUUGAAAGUUUUGAAGCGGACUCGGGCGGGGACUCGGGGUGGUUAUGUGGCGGAGGACGGUGCAACAGUGGAGGACGGGGCUGAAGAGGAAGAGGAGGUUGAAGAAGAGGAAUAUGAUGAUUAUGAGAGCGAGUAUAGUGAAGAUGAGGAUAAACAGGGUACGAAUAAGAAGGGGCUCGGUGCGAAUGGCACUGCUCAUGGAAAAGGCGAGAAGUCGAGUUCGGAAGGUUCAGGAUCUGAUGAGGAGUAAAAUAACUUUCUAUUCAUUAAUAGAAAUAAAGUUUUAUUUUUUUCUUUUUUGGCGUUCUUUUAAGUUUAGCCAAUAGUGUCAUCCUUGAUAAAACCUACUGGAAUUGAUAGUUCGAUACUAACUUCUGGGUUUGAAACCCAUGUCAGCUGUUUGAAAUACUUAGGGCUCACCUUUCUUUUUUGAACUAAAGUUUCUCUUUUCAGAAUCAAAAGUGUUUUUGGAUCUGCUUUUUAUAAUUUUUUUCUUA